UGGACCAAAUGCUGAGUGAACUGGAGAGACGGCGAGAUGAGGGUGCUGGGAAUGCUUCUCCAUCAGCUUGGAUGGAAGAUACUUUGGGUCCCUUGGGGUCUCCUGCAGAGGUGUCUGCUGGAAGGACUUUUCCAACUCCUGAACUGAUUCCUCUGCACAUGCCCAGCUCACAUGGCAGGGGUCCUCCAACAGCCAAGAACCAAAGUCCAGGAGAGAAAAAAUCAUUUAAGUCAAAUGAAGUUGUGAAAGAAAUUUUGAAGGAACUUCAGAAAGGGCACGGGAUGGACCAAGGGGCUCUGUGGAAGGCAGCAUUCCCCAAAGGAAGCAGUGGCUCCGUGCCAGGCUCUGCUGACGGAAGGGAGGCGAUGCCAGGCACGGGCACACGGGAUGAGGGUGCUGGGAAUGCUUCUCCGUUGGAUUGGCUGCGUGAAGUUUUGGAGCCCGUCAGGCCCCCUGCAGGGGUGUCUUCAGGGCAGACUUUUCCAGCUCCUCUGCUGGUUCCACACAAGCCCAGCUCACAUGGCAAGGGCCCUCCAAGAGGCAAGAGCCAACCUUCAGGUGAAAAGAAAGCCCAGGAGUCAUCUGAAGGCAUGAGACAAAUACUAAAUCAGCUGGGCCUUGGUCAGGAGGCAGCUGGUGCCACAACACGUGCUCCCAAAAUCCAGGAGAGCACUGGCAGAGGUUUCUGUCGGGGAACACGCUGUCUGACCGUGAUAAUGGCAAGCAUGUUGGGCGGGCUGCUUGUCAUUAUGUUGUGCUGUGCUGCAGUCUGGUACUGGAGGGUGAGAAAACGGCCCCUCUCUGCACCUGCUCCAGACCAGCCAGACACCUCAGGCAGGAAGAGCUGGACCUCUCAUCUCUGCACAUCCUGCCCAUACCCGGCUGCACUGACACAGCUGAAGAACCGGCUUCUCAACCUCCAACGGUCACCCAAACAAGCCCCUCCACCCCAGAGCCCCGUGACCCCACCCUCCAGCCCGGUCUGA